AUGGCUCUCUCAAACAUGAUCUGUAUUCGCGACCUCGAAGUUGCUGCAAAGUCCAUUCUUAGUAAAACAGUAUUGGAAUAUUUCAACGAUGGCUCUGAAGAAGGACUUGCCGUGGCCUCAAACUUGUCAGCGUUUGACAAGUACAAGAUUCGACAAAGGGUUCUCAGGGAUGUUUCUAACGUCAAAACUGAGAAGAAGGCAUUUGGGAAAACCAUGUCUUUCCCACUAGCUAUCGCACCAUCUGGAAUGCAAUGCAUGGCCCACGAGAAUGGCGAGAGAGCGACCGCGAGAGCUGCUACUAAGGCGGGAGUUUUCAUGGGUGUAUCAACCUUUGCCACAACUGCGCUCGAGGAUGUCAAACGCUCGGGAGACGAAUUCGGCGAAAAUGUAUACUUGUUGCAGUUGUACAUCUUCAAGAAUCGCAAGACCACGGAAAACUUGGUCAAGCGUGCUGAAAAGGCUGGUUACAAGGGUAUUCUGCUCACCUGUGACACGCCUAAGUUGGGUAACCGUUAUAACAUGACUCGAAAUAACUUCAAGCUCCCUCCGCAUUUAAACUUGCCCAAUUUCGGCAAGGAAAAAGUUGGGCCACUUAUUCAACAUGUGGUUGGAGAUGGCAGCAAACAGGAAGAUGAUUCUAACAUCAACGAUGAUUCAAUAACUUGGGAUGAAGCCUUACCGUGGUUAAGGUCUAUUACCAACAUGGAAAUCUGGCUCAAGGGCAUAAGUACCGCGGAAGACGUGCGACUUGCAGCCCAGUCACCAGCAAAUGUGGCUGGUAUCGUUGUUUCCAAUCAUGGAGGUCGACAAUUGGAAUCUGCCAUGGCGACCUUGGAUUCACUACCCGAGUGCGUCCAAGCUGCAAAAUCAGGAAAUAGGCCAUUGCAAGUAUGGGUUGAUGGAGGUAUUAAAAAAGGUAGCGAUAUUUUCAAAGCGCUGGCUUUAGGGGCUGACGGGGUUAUGAUUGGAAGAAUUCCUCUGUGGGGGCUAGCAAUAGCUGGGGAACAGGGGGUUUCCAAAGCCCUGGAGAUACUGAAGGCAGAGUUCCAACAUACAAUGGCUCUGGCUGGGUGCAAGACUUUGUCAGAUAUUACACCUUCGAGUUUGGCGAGGGUUACAGAAGGAGGUUUUUAUGCGAAAUUGUAAUGAUAUUAAUGGACUUGUAAUGAGAAUUUCCAUACUAUUUAGUCGAAAUUGUGUUCCAGCCAUCUGUUCCUUGGCUUGGAAGGGGAGUUUUGAAGAUCAGUGCUUGACCGUGCGCUGAUGGCGUCGCUGUCCGCCCAAGCGUCAUCGCAUUGAGACAUUGGAAGAAAUAAUUACGCACAACUUUCCGCUCUUCAUAUUAUCACACGGAUGUGGAUUUUUUUGGGCC